GCCUUUCUCAGCAUGCCCCCAUCUAUCCUGCCCAUGCCUGACGGGCAAGAAAUGGAAGAACAGGGUGUUGAGGGAACUGGAAACGGAUUAGAUGGAACCUUCCACCAGGGACAGUCCGUGGAGGAAAUUGAGGAGGAUUAUGAGGAUGAAGAAGAGGAAGAAGAUGAGGAAGAGGAUGAGGAGGAGGAGGAUGAAGAGGACGAUGAAGAUGAUGGCUUGAUGGACGAUGAUGAAGAUCACAUGGGCGAUGGCUUUGAUGAUGAAGAUUCUCAGGACAUCAGUGAAUCUCAAGGGGAUGAUAAUUCACAAGAGAUGGACAGCCUUGAGGUGGAUGAAGUGUGGACAGAACCAAGAAUAUUCCGUUUCAUUGAGCUGCGAGGAGCGAAAGAAGCUGAUAUGGUUGCCCUUGGACCCUCUCCAGUUUUUGCUGAGAUUUUAGAGGAACUUGGAAUGUCUGAGGAAGUAACGCCAGCACAAGCCCGCAAAAAGUGGACCCAACUAGUAAGGAGAUAUCUGGAAUUUAAGGGUCCAUAUGGUGAAAGUGGUAGACCAAUGUUCACUUCCAACCCCAGCAUGAUCACACCAGACUUGAAUGAUGGAGGCUGGCUCUUCUACUCAAGCAUGCAUGCAGUGAUGGAGGCUAUCAAGGCAACCUCUCCAGACGGCGGAACCAAGACAAGGAAGUCGCCCGAAUAUACAUGGUCAGUGGAUGUGACACGCAAGUUCAUCAAGAUCAGAGGAGAGAAACAUGCUGAGAUCUCUCAGAAGGGUCAUAAUGCUGUAUACCAAGAGAUCCUGGAGAAGUUGGGAAUCAGUGACAAAGUGAGUGUGAUGAUGGCAAGAAAGAAGUGGAACUAUUUAGUCAAGAGAUAUCAGGAUGAGGAGAUGGCAGGUGGGGAGCGAACUUGGGCUUUCAUGAAGGAGAUGGGCCAAGUCAUGAAGCACUUUAGAGGAGCCAACGUCAACAAGCUGAAGUCAAGAGCAUCACCCGAGUUCUUGUGGCCAAAUGAACUGACUCGGAGAUUUAUUGAGCUUCGUGUUUCUCGCCAUUCCGAUUUCCUUGAAACGGGGAUACAAAACACUUAUACAGAGAUCAUGGAAGAGCUUGGUCUGGAACACAUCCUGAACCCUAACCAGUUGAGGAAGAAGUGGAACUAUUUGGUUGCAAAGUACAAAGAGCUGUCAUGCACAACUGGACCAGACGGCACUAGCCCUGCUCCUCAUUCCUGGCCUUUCUAUGAUGACAUGCACCAAGCCCUGCAACAGAUUCCUGAGAGUGCCUUACAUAGCAAUCGAACUGUCAGAACAAACUUCGAAAAUAUUUGGACUAAGGAAGUUACUACAAGGUUUAUUCAACUCCGUGGCGCUAGACCUCCUGACAAUACAAAAAAAGUCUCCUCAGUAUUUGCAAACAUAGUUGAUGAGCUUGGGUUAACAGGUGUAAUCACACCCAACCAGGCACGCAAGAAGUGGAACUACCUCUGGAGCAAAUAUGUUGACUUGAGUCACCCAGACGUGAGUGAAUAUACCCGCCAGUCUUGGCCUUUCUACACCACCAUGCAGGCCGUGGUUGGUGCCCUCCCUCUCUCUCAGGUCCUUACAAAGAAAGGUUUAGUGGACGAACUUGAAGAGGAUGAGGACCCACAAAAGAAAAUUGUAAAGCGUACAAGACAGUACACUUGUUUCGUGUGUGGGAAAACAGGUAAGAUCCUCAACGACUUCUUCAUGUACGAACACGACCAGAGACUUCUAUACACUCAGAAGACUGUGCUGGAGGUCAUCAGCCAUUUAGUAAGCAGAAAGAUGGUCAACAUGGAAUCCAGCACCUGCUUGUGUUCAGGCUGUACCAACCUUGUCAAUGAAGCUGAUUCUGUCAUCCAGAGACAUGACAGAAUAAAGGAAAUGGUCCAAGGACUGUAUUAUAGUGGAAUUGCUCAAGCCAAGGCUGACCAGCAGCAGCAGCAGCAGCAGCAGCGUUUUGCAAGAAAUCCAGCCGACGAUAGUAGUUCUGAAGAGGAUAAGGAGAUUAAGAGAGAAGAGAGAGUAACAUACAGUCAGCGGGGAAGGAAGCGCAAAGCUACUGUCCUAGCAGAUGAGACUGAAGUUAAAAUCAAGUUGGAACCAAUGGAUGAUGGUUUUGAAAGUAUAGAGUGUGAUGUCGACUUUGACGAUGACUCUGAAGAUGAGCGCAAGAGACGGAAAACAAGAGGAAGGGGGAGAGGACGAGGUAGAGGCAGAGGAAGAGGCAGAGGCCGUGGAAGAGGUCGACCGGCGGCAAGAUCAACUCUAAUUGGCAGAGGCUUAGGUGGUCAGUAUCCUACCUCUAACAAGCGAAAAAUCUUACCUUAUAAAGGACCCAAAAUAUAUCACUGUGCAGAGUGUGAUUCUGAAUUUAAAAAAUACACAGAUCUGAUUACUCAUAAGAAGGAAGUUCACACUGUCAUUGAUAAUACACCUCUUGAGGUUGAGGAGACUAUACUUGAAAAUGGAGUUAUUACUUACUUUAAUAAAGGUAAAGCAAACAAUUCAGAGACAAGCCAUCCUUGCCGGGAGUGUGACAAGCAUUUUCUGCGCAAGGAUGACUUGUGGUAUCAUCAGGAGAUUGCCCAUACUGAAGGGAAGGGCAGGGCUAAAACUGCAUUUAAAGACAGAACCUACGCUUGUGAAGAAUGUGGUGAAACCUUCUUAUUCAAGUACAAACUCAAGAUGCAUAUAAAUAGCAAACAUUUGAAUGAUGCUGGCCAGAAUGCAAACGACUUCACAUGUGGGGAGUGUGGCUGCAAGCUGGGGAGUCUUCCAGGUUUAACAUUCCACAUGCGUAAACAUCACAAUAAAAGUUUGACGUAUCGCAAGACAACUGAAUAUUUGUGUAGUGACUGUGGGUUCAUGGCGCCAUCAAAUAAGAAGUUGAGGGAACAUCAAGAGGCCCAUUGUGGUUCCUCCACCAAGCCAAAGGUGCAGUGUGAAAUAUGUGGCAAGACCGUCCUUAAAGUGUCCCUUAAAAUGCACAAAGUUAAGAUGCACUCUGAGUUUAAAGAACAGUGUGAUAGAUGUGGAGAACGUUAUGCCACCAAAACUGAUUUAUUGCGGCAUAUCAAUGUUGUGCACCUUCGCAUUCUCCUUUAUAACUGUCAGUACUGUGGAGAUAGAUUCGCUACUUCUGAUGCCCUUCGGUAUCACAGAGUUAAAAUGCAUGAAAAACCAUCCUUUUACUGUCAAAUUUGUGGUAAGUGUUAUAAGAGGGUUGGGGAACUUAAUACUCAUAUCAAACGUGCUCAUAAUGACCGUAGGAAGGCAGAGGUUUGUACAUAUUGUGGCAAAGAGUACUAUGACCGUAGCAAGCUGCGUAACCAUCUGGUAAGUAAGCAUAAUAUUCCACAAGAAAUGACCUAUUCUGAAAAUUACCUCCGGAAGAAACGUGUAGAUGGGUUACCUUUGGCGAAACACAUGGAAAAACGAUCUGGUAUGGAACAAAAGAUGACACAUAUGGGUCAACCAGGGGUUGUGCAUCAGCAGCAACAACAGCAGCAGCAGCAACAGCAGCAGCAGCAACAACAGCAGCAGCAACAGCAACAGCAGCAGCAACAGCAUCCUCAUCAUCAUGGUGUAGUUCCACAACACCAACAGCAUCCACAUAUGAGACCAGUUGUAGAUGAGGCAGCAGAGGCAGCUCGAAAUCUUGGAGCAUAUCAAGAAAUUACUACCACAGAGGAUGACAAUUCUCUGGUAGUAACAGAGAUAACUGAAGCGCCUGCUCAGGUGGAGCAGACGGUGCUGGUUGACCCACUAAGUGUCCCUCAGGGCAUGAUGCAUCAUCCCCAGGUGGCACACAUGCAACCCCCAAUGACCAUGCACCACCCCAUGCACCAGCAGAUGCAUCAUCAUGCUGCUAUGUCUCGUCUUGGUGUUCUUUACCAGAUGAACAUGCAUCACCCAGGGCCGUCACACCUCAACAUGUAGUUCAAGGCCUAGUAAGGAAAGCUAUGUGUUAGCCAUACUCUGAUGGAGGUUCUUAUUUUACAGUCUUUCAGAGGAGCACCUAAUCUUUUCAACAUUUAAUUAAUUGCAUAAGUUAACAGCAUCAUAUAAGUUUAGUUUUCACCCAUAAUCACAUGAUAGUAUAAAUUAUGGUGCCAAAUCAGUAGACACAUAUAAGAAUGAAUCAGAAUCGUAUAGUUAUUUCAGGCCUCAGAAUCUCUAGUACAAAAUGAAGAUAUUCUUCAGUAAUGAUUAGCUUCAAAAGUAUCCUAGUAUUGUUUUAAUUGUAUAGUUAUUAAGCUAAUUGAAUUUAUAUUGAAGGACUUCCUAUGGCCAUAUAGUAAAGAAAGUUAGAUUAAUGUUAUUUUUCUCUAAUAAUUCCAAAUAAUUUCCUCUGUAGGUAGGAGCUGUGUACAUGCAAUGGAAAGAGGGUAAAUCAUCCAAAUUAUUAAAUUUCCUGAGUUUGAUUGAAGGGUACAAAGCUUCAUAAGCAGGAAAACUACCUGCAUAUUUUUUGUGAUGCAGCAUAGACAUCAGGUAUUAGGAAAUCUGGAGCUACUGGUCAAUAAUUACACAAGAAAUUGAGCGCCACUAAGAAGGGAUAGCUUACAUACGAGAUGGGAGUGUAGCCUACUGCGCAUUAUAGUACUCUGUGCCACAUACCAGCAUGAUUUAUUCCAAAUCAAACCUCUUGCUAAAUUGACUACAGUGUUGUGCACUUGUAAUGGAGAAUUAGAAUUAUAUAAACAUUAUAUGUACAAGCCAAAAUGUGAACAUCUAAAUCCAGUGUAAAGUAUGUAACAACUUCUAUAUAGUUAUUAUUGAGUCGGGUCUCUGUAAUAUUCUACCUCUUGAACAAGUGUGCUUUUAAAACAUGGAGAACUGGUUAAGAUUUCAGUUCAUAACCUACUUGUAUUAAACACAAAAAUGCCUUUGAGAAUGUAUUUUAUAAUUUAUAUAAAUAUGAAAUCCACAAAUUUGGUUUGCAGCCAACUAAAUGCCAAGAAGUUGAUUGCAGGCUGUGUUUUUUCUUUUCUUAUUUGUUCUUGUUUUGAUCUGUUUUCUUUUAAGGAGAUAAAUUUUGAGAGCAAAAUUUUUUUCAGCAGUAUCUGCAUUCAGAAAAGGAAAAAUUGAGAGAGGAUGUGUUGAGAUAAUUACUUGUCUUUCUUAACCUCUUGCUGACGGGCCACGCCUAUCGGCAUCAUAACAAACUGCUCAGUCUGCAGGGUACACCUGUAGGCGCAGUGACGUGCCAGACUGCUUGGAGUGGGAUGUUCGGCUUGAUGUAGUUCACUCCCGCACCCAGUGUCUGCCCGUUGCCAGAAAUCUCUAGAGUUUAAAAUUCUCAGGGAUUCUUUUCACCCGUCAGUGUUGGGUUAAUCAGCCAUUGCUCAUCUUAGCCAUCUCCUCUUUAUAAACAUAAACUGAGAAUAAUAUAUAUUGAACACUUAGAAGAAGAAUUGUAUAUAGCCUGAACAAGUAUCAAAAA